AUGAUUGAAGGACAUGUUGGCCUUCAAAAGAUUAUGAAGGCCACUCCUUCUAAAGCUGCUUUGGUCAUCCGAAUCAACUUGGUUUUCCUUGCUUUCUUUUUCGUUGUCUAUGCUGCCGUUCUUCUCCAGCCGUCUUCCUCCAUCUAUUAUGAGAACGCAGCUUCUCUCAUUAGGUGCUCGUUGAGAGAGUGCCAUCACAAGAUGGAUAAUGGAGUUAAGAUCAUGAAGCAAGUUUUGGAGGAGACCAAAGUCAACAUACCGAGGCCUAAGGGAAAUAUGAGCAAGAUAGAGGUACCAAGCUUUUUGAAUGGGGUUAUGGGGAAGGGGAUGAUGAAAAUUGGUAUGGUUAAUAUGGAAGAAGAUGAUGUGAGUCAGUGGAAUAGGCUAGGGCAGACCAUACCCAUCCUUUUCGACCGGGUCUCGGAUUUAUUCAAAUGGGAUGAUUUAUUCCCCGAGUGGAUCGACGAAGAGGAAGAGAGUGACGUCCCAACUUGCCCGGAGAUACCAAUGCCCGAUUUUCGAAUCUACCAAAAGAUGGACAUGGUGGUGGCAAAAUUGCCAUGCAAGUAUCCGGAAGAAGGGUGGAGGAGGGAGGUGUUUAGGCUCCAAGUUCAUCUCAUAGCGGCAAAUCUGGCUGUGAAGAAAGGAAAGAGGGAUUGGAAUAGGAAGGCAGCUAAAGUGGUGCUAUGGAGCAAGUGUAGACCAAUGUUGGAAAUAUUUAGGUGCAAUGACUUGGUGAGACAGGAAGGGAAUUGGUGGUUGUUUGAGCCAGAUAUGGCUAGGUUGCAGCAAAAGAUGUCAUUGCCUAUUGGCUCUUGCAAUUUGGCUUUGCCUAUAUGGGGACAGCAAGGAAUUGAUCAAGUGUAUGAUCUGACUAAAAUCCAAAGCACAACAAACAAACCCAAACGAGAAGCCUACGUCACAGUUCUCCACUCCUCCGCUUCCUACGUUUGCGGCGCCAUAACCCUGGCAAGGAGCCUCCUCCAAACCGGAACCAAACGCGACCUUAUCCUCCUCCUGGACGACUCUAUCCCCGCUUCCAAACGCUCCGCUCUCUCCGCCGCCGGGUGGAAGCUCCGGUUCAUCCAAAGGAUCCGAAACCCGAGAGCCGAAAACGGCACCUACAACGAAUACAACUACAGCAAGUUCCGCCUCUGGCAGCUCACCGAAUACAACAAAGUCAUCUUCAUCGACGCCGACAUCAUCGUCCUCCGCAACCUCGACCUCCUCUUCCACUUCCCCCAAAUGUCUGCCACCGGCAACGACGUGUACCUCUUCAACUCCGGCAUCAUGGUCAUCGAGCCCUCCAACUGUACGUUCAAGUUCCUCAUGGACCACCGCGAAGACAUCGUUUCGUACAACGGCGGCGACCAGGGCUACCUCAACGAGGUCUUUGUGUGGUGGCACCGGCUGCCUCGGAGGGUCAAUUUCCUGAAGAAUUUCUGGGCGAAUACGACAAUCGAGGCCAGCGUGAAGAACGAGCUGUUCGGGGCGGACCCACCAAAGCUUUACGCCAUACAUUACUUGGGGUGGAAGCCGUGGCUCUGUUACAGGGAUUAUGACUGUAACUGGGACGUGGCGGACCAGCGCGUCUACGCCAGUGACGUUGCGCACGAGCGGUGGUGGAGGGUGCACGACGCCAUGGACGGGAGGUUGCAGAGGUUUUGUGGGCUGACCAAGGUGAGAAGGACUUAUUUGGACUGGGAACGGAGAAAGGCGAGGAAAUUUGGGUUUCCUGAUGAGCAUUGGAAGAUCAAUGUCACUGAUCCUAGACGGAAGCAUUUGCAAUCUUUAAUAUCGUCUCUCCAAUCCCACUUUCCUCCCAUCGCUCCUGGUCAUUCCGAUUCGCACCUGGCAGUCCUUUCCACUUUCUUUCCUGGAAUGGAGGUUGUGAAAACUGCGGAAGUAAUGGCUUCUCCAGAAUCUUCUUCAUCCUCCCACCAUGAUAAACACUCUGGUGGGGAUGCUCCUACAAAUCCAGUAAAGCAUGACAGAGUUGGAAGUGAGAGUCAUUUGUCAACGACGGACAACUCUAAAUUAGAAACUACAAAAAGUUCUUCUGAUAGCGCAUCUGUGGAACAAAAUCAACUAGUUCCGGCAGAUAACCCAGCUUCUAGCUCAUCAACAAUAGCAAAUGGUAAAUUACCAAUUGCUGAACCUGCUUCAAGUGGCUCCUCUCUGGAACAAAAUCAACUUCUUCCAACAGAUACCCCAGCCUCAACCUCAAUGAUUACAGUCAAUAAAACAGAGAAAGAUACUCAGGAUACACCGGUGGCAGAUUCUGGUCCCAGAAAUGUCGACCAUGAUUCAAAUAGCCCAUCUCUAGAACAAAAUCAUCUUCUUCCAACAGAUACUUCAUCAUCAGCUUCAAUAACUACAGUCAAUAAAACAGAGACAUAUACUCUGGAUACUGUGGUGGAAAAUUCUGGUCCUAAGAAAGGGAACAAUGUUGUGACGUCCACUUCGCGUUCUCUGCCCAAUAUAAAGGUUGCCAGAAAUAAUGUUACAAAAUCUGAAGCCAGUUAUUCUCCUAAGAGUGCGAAGCUGGCUUAUGUGAACAAUGUAGUGUCAUCACCCAAAGUAAAGUUCGCUAGCUUUUCUGCGAGAAAAUCAGGAGCCAUUGAUUCUCCUAAGAGUGCUAAGAACAGAGGUCUUAUUGAUACAACUGCUCCUUUUGAAUCCGUUAAAGAAGCUGUUUCCAAAUUUGGAGGAAUUGUUGAUUGGAAAGCCCAUAGGAUCCAAACUGUGGAGAGACGCAAGAUUGUGGAGCAAGAACUUGAGAAAGCACAGGAGGAGAUUCCUGAGUAUAGGAAACAAUCAGAGGCUGCUGAAAAAGCAAAGGUUCAAGUAUUGAAGGAGCUGGACAGCACUAAGAGAUUCGUGGAAGAAUUGAAGCUCAACCUGGAGAGAGCACAAACAGAAGAACAACAGGCAAAACAAGACUCAGAACUUGCCAAACUAAGGGUGGAGGAGAUGGAACAAGGUAUUGCUGAUGAAGCUAGUGUUGCAGCCAAGGCACAGCUUGAGGUUGCUAAGGCGAGGCAUACGGCUGCAGUGACAGAGCUGAAAUCUGUUAAAGAGGAGCUGGAAGCACUGCACAAGGAAUAUGCUUCUUUAGUGACUGAGAAGGACAUGGCUAUUAAAAAAGCUGAAGAGGCCAUUUCUGCAUCCAAGGAAGUCGAGAAAACUGUGGAAGAACUGACUAUUGAGCUGAUUGCCACAAAGGAGUCAUUAGAGGCUGCGCAUGCUGCCCAUUUGGAAGCAGAGGAGCAAAGGAUUGGAGCAGUCAUGGCCAAGGAACAAGAUUCUCUUCACUGGGAGAAGGAGUUGAAGCAGGCAGAAGAGGAGCUUCAGAAAAUUAGCCACCAAAUUCUGUCAGCUAAGGAUCUCAAGUCAAAACUAGACACAGCCUCAGCCCUGCUACUUGAUUUAAAAUCUGAAUUAUCUGCAUAUAUGGAAUCAAGAUUGAAGGUGGAAAGUGAUGGAGGACACUUGAAAGAUGAGCUACAGGAACCAGGGAUGAAAACUCAUACCGAUAUACAAGCAGCAGUUGCUUCUGCAAAGAAGGAGCUUGAGGAAGUGAAGCUCAACAUAGAGAAAGCAGUUGCUGAAGUAAAUUGCUUGAAGGUGGCUGCCACAUCAUUAAAAUCGGAACUUGAAAGUGAGAAAUCAGCUCUUGCCACCAUUGGGCAGAGAGAAGGAAUGGCAUCGGUGGCUGUUGCAUCUCUUGAAGCUGACCUGGAGAAGACUAGGUCUGAAAUAGCUGUUGUUCAGAUGAAGGAGAAAGAAGCCAGAGAGAAGAUGGUGGAGCUACCCAAAGAAUUACAGCAAGCAGCACAAGAGGCUGACCAGGCAAAGGUACUUGCUGAAACGGCUGUUGAAGAGCUUCGCAAGGCAAGGGAAGAAGCAGAGCAAGCAAAGGCUGGAGCGAGUACUAUGGAAAGUAGAUUACUCGCAGCACAAAAGGAAAUAGAAGCGGCAAGGGCUUCGGAAAAGUUGGCGUUAGCAGCAAUUAAAGCUUUGCAAGAGAGUGAACAAGCUAGAAGCAGCAAUGAUUCACCCAUUGGGGUAACGCUUUCUAUAGGGGAGUAUUAUGAGCUCAGCAAACGGGCCCAUGAGGCAGAAGAACAGGCAAACACAAGAGUUGCAGCUGCAAAUUCCCAAAUCGAAGUGGCCAAGGAGUCUGAGCUGAGAAGCUUGGAAAAGUUGGAUGAAGUGAUUCAGGAAAUAGCUGCGAGAAAAGAAGCACUCAAGAUCGCAAUGGAGAAGGCUGAGAAGGCCAAGGAAGGGAAGUUGGGUGUUGAACAGGAGCUGAGAAGUUGGAGGGCUGACCAUGAGCAACAAAGAAAGCUUGGUGAAUCUGGCCAGGCAGCAGUAAAUCCCACUAAAAGCCCAAGGGCUAGUUUUGAGGGAAGGAAAGAAUCUAAGAACUUUGAUCGGGCGCCUUCUGCUGUGUCUUCAAGCCCCAAGUAUGGACUUGGAAGCCCCAUUGAAACUAAUGCGCCAGAAGCAAAGCAUGGAAAGAAGAAAAAGAAGUCCUUCUUCCCACGGAUUUUUAUGUUUUUGGCCAGAAGAAAGGCACAUCAAAACAAGUCAACGUAA